AUGGUGGAAGCAAUACUGAUAGAUCUCUUCAGCCUACCAGCCAACUUGCAGAACAACAUCCAAGGGUUACUAUAUAACACGCUGGAAACUAUUGAGAAAUGCUCUUCUAUACCUGCUCCAUUUGUUUAUGUCAUGUGUUGCCAUAGUCAGAGGUGUGAAUGGAAAGGUGAACAAGAGUCCUUGCUUCCAGCUCUGAGAGAUUUUCAGAGUCUGAAGAAAAGACUGGAAGUGGUACAUGCUCUGAGUACAGCUGCUGCUUUGUAUACCAUCAAACAAAGACUGGAUGAAAAAGACUUAAGCAUCAUUAAAGUUAUUCUCUCAUCCGUAAGAAAAGAUGCAAUGAAAGUCUAUAUAGACCAUCUCUUUACAUCAGUCUACCAGUUUGAAUUUGAGGAUUUACAGGUGACAUCUGAUUAUGAAAACCUACAGAUAGCUGAACCUCAGAGUGGAAGGCAAAUACAGGAUGUGGUGCUCAUCCAAAGUGAGAUUCAGAUGUACUUGGAAAGCCUGCCAAGCCUGAAUGGGGAACUCACCAUCCUCAGAUCUUCCCUGAUUCCAGAUGAUAUCUUCCUACAUGGAUUCACCACAAGGGCAGGUGGUAUCUCCUACAUACCAACUCUAAGCUCUUGUAACCUCUUCAGCAGUUCCAAGCGGAGGGACCCACAAAUUGUUGUUAAAGAAAACCUCCGCCGGCUAGCUAAUGCUGCAGGAUUUAACCCAGAGACUUUUCACAGAGUCAAGAUUGAUCAUGCUAAUGCUGUGUGUAUUAUGGGAAAGACAGAGCCUGACAGCUAUGAUGGAAUAGUCACGAAUCAGAAAGGUGUAACAAUAGCAGCUCCAGGUGCUGAUUGCAUACCUGUGCUGUUUGCUGAUCCUGUCAGAAAGGCUUGUGGUGCUGCUCAUUCCGGGUGGAAAGGCACGUUGUUAGGAGUUUCUAUGGCCACAGUAAAUGCCAUGGUAUCUGAAUAUGGAUGUAACCUGAAAGAUAUUCUUGUGGUGCUGGGCCCUUCUGUAGGACCUUGCUGCUAUAAACUUCCUCAUGAAUCAGCAAAAGAAUUUCACAGAAUUGAUCCAUCGUGUGUGAGACUAUUUGACUCUUCAGAUCCUUAUAUUGAUAUUAGAAGAGCAACGCGGAUUCUUCUUGAGAGUGGUGGGAUUCUUCCUGAGAACAUCCAAGAUGAUUCUGUCACAGACCAGAACCAGAAUAUCACUUUCUGUACUGCAUGCCACCCUGAUAAAUUUUACUCUCACUUCCGUGAUGGUGCUAACUUUGGGACACAGAUUGGCUUCAUAUCAAUCAAAGAUUGA